ACAUUGUUCAAUUUGAAUAGCGAUAGAAGUUAUCUAUCAGCCAAGUUAAACAUCAUUGAUGUAUCGUGAAUACUCUAUUAAUGAUAAAAUGAUAUCAUUCAGUUAACAGGGGUGGAACUGUUUCGAUAAUUCGAAUAAUGUGAAUUAAUCUACUUUGGUAAAGAAUUUAAUAAGGACAAUUAAAGGAAACAGAUAAUUGUUAAAAUGAACUUUAAUACAAGACUAGCAUUAUUAACAUCAUUAUUUUUAUUAGUUGAGUCAAAACUUGAUUUAAAAAACGAAGAAGAGUUGAAAUGCUUUGAUAACAUUUGUGUCCCCAUCUACAACUCUAAAUUAACUUGGUAUGAAGCGAAAGAUUUUUGUGAAAAAAAAUCAGCUCUACUUGCCACUAUCAGUUCACAUAAAGAAGACGAAGAGAUAAAAAAUGUGAUCGAUGAAGGAAAGUACUGGAUAGGUUUGAAUUCAUUAAAUCCCGACGUAAAUUUUAUCUGGUUGGAUAAAACUGAUAGGAGAUUUCAUAAUUUAAAAGAAGAUCCGAAAAAUAUUGAUGCUACAGAAAAAAAGUGUAUAUACAUUGAUAAUAUAAUAAGCUCUUAUAAUUGGAACAAUGCACAUUGUGAAGAAAAAAUGAUGUUUAUUUGCAAGAAACCCAUAGGUGAAAUUCGCCCUUUUCCAGUUUUACCAUCUGGAAACUGUCCUUCUGAUUGGUAUCAGCUAAACCCAUUCUGUUAUAAACUCUUUAACGGACCAUUAGAUUGGAAAAAUGCUAAAUUAAAUUGUAAAUCACGGGGGAAAGCUUACGAUUUAGCAUCAAUUCAUGAUUUUCGUCAGCAUAUGCUAUUGGCUAGUUUCCUACAAAACGAUACAUGGAUUGGUGGUACAUUUUUGAAAAAUAGUAAACAAAAAAUAUGGUCGGAUAAUACUCCAUUUGAUUACGACCGAUUUAAAUUUGUUUCAAGCGAUUUAGAUCAAAAUACGAAUAAUUUAUGUUUCCAAAUGUCAUCUGAUGAUUACAAAUUAGGUAGUUUAAUUGCUGUUAACUGUACAGAAGAAAAACCUUACAUCUGCCGAACUUAUGUUGAUAAUUUAAUAUCCAAGCCUCCGACUCUUGCACCGGAUAAAUGCGAAAACGAUAAAUAUAAGAUGAUAAGUUAUCAAGAUAAUUGCUAUUAUUUACAUAAAGAAAAGAUGGAAUGGAACAAAGGAGAAAGAUUUUGUGAAGCAUUCGGACCACAUUUAGCAAUCAUAGCAGAUGCUAAAGAAAAUGCUUUCGUUAACUUUUAUUUAGGAUUAUCCGAAAAUGACGUUUGGAUUGGAUUAACAGGAGACCAGAGUCAGUAUAAAUGGUUCAAUAAUUGGCCUCUGAACUUCACUAAUUGGAUGGAUGAUCAACCUAUGAAUUUAAAUAACAUAAAUCAAUGCGGAUUAAUCGAUGGUAAAACUGGAAAAUGGAAGGUUACUAAAUGCGAGGGAAAGAAUUGGAUACUUUGCAGAUUGACUGAUACUGAUCUUCCAGUCAUUCAAGAAGAUAAAAGAACUUGUCCAGUUCAUGCAAAAAAUUGGAAAGAAACGAAAGAAGGUUUCUCUUGUUAUAAAGUUUUUGAUAAAGAAUUAGAUUGGAAUUCUGCCGUUAAAGAAUGUCAAGAACAUAAAGCCAGCUUAAUAAGUUUUCAUUCAUUCCAAGAAAUGAAGUCGAUUAGUCAAGAUUUAAAGAGUUUCAAAAGUGUUUGGAUAGGAUUGUCCCGUCGAAAAGAUGAGGGAUAUAAAUGGCAGGACGAGAGUGUUCUAGAUUUUGUUAGUUGGAAAAGUAAACCCAUGGAGGAAGAAGGAUGCGUUGAAAUGAAUUUACCCGAUCAAACGUGGGAAAAUUCCGAUUGUAAUGCAAAAAAACCAUUUAUAUGUGGAGUGAAAACAAUUAUCUCAACCGAGGAAAAUAAUGUUAAUAGAAAGAAUACUUCUAAUUCUGGUUUGUCUCCUGGAAGCAUAGCGGCUAUUUGUAUAGGUGUAAUAAUUGUAGUUCUAAUUAUUAUAAAUUUUGUUUUAUGGAGGAAAGGAGUGCUUAAAAAAUUAUACCAAAGAUCGUAAAUAUCAUUAACUUAAUAUGUGGGAAAAAAACGUGUUUCUAAUUGUAAUGUUUUAAAAAUUA